AGUUGUGACAUUGACAGAUGUCACGUAUGGUUAAAACAAGGUAAACAAAUCUCUCGCGUUGAGAAGAUUGUAUAAGAAAUUAGAAAAUGUUAAAUAUAUCCAAAUCGGCCUUUAUACGUGAGAUUCAAGUGCGUUUUUCUCAUUCAAACAAAUCAUGGGUUGAUUUAGUUGCCAUACAAAAUGUUCGUGCAAAGAAAUCGUUUGCAUUUGAACCGAAUAUGCGGUUUGUGCUGAAAUCACUUCGUCAGCUGUUAACGUGCACGGAAAGUAAAGCGUAUAGUAUUUAUGAUCAGUUUCCGACUAUUCGUUCGAUAGAUAUGAUGAACACGGUAGGAAAUAAUAUUGAAAUUCUAAUGAAGAAUGGCAUUUCAUCCGAAACAAUAAUUGAAAAUCCAUUUUUGCUCGUGAUGACCGAAGAUGUUCUGCAGAACAAAUUGGAUAUUUUGAAUAUGCUGUCCUUGAGUGGGUAUACGUUCAACGACCUCGUACCGUUAUUGGAGAUGAAAGAAGAUCGUCUUAAGCAAGCGUGUGAUUCAAUGGUUGCGGAGAGUCAUUUGAUACCAGGAGGAAAUCGAAUUUAUUACUUCAGUCACAAGUUAAAAAUUGAACCGAAUAUCGUGGCCAAGUAUUGUGUGAAAAACGAGUAUUCGCUCAUAGCUCCAUUUGAUGUUAUCGAUAGAAAAAUGCAAAUUCUACUGGACUACAAUAUAAAACCGCUAAGCAUUCUAAAGACAUUGUAUGCCCUCGAUCGAUCUGAGCACGUUUAUGUAUCACGCUUAGAACGUUUAAUGUCACUGAAUACAAAGGAUGUGAAAUUGUGGUUUUUUAAAUGUGCCGAUGACGUCUUUGAAAUGUAUUUAAAUCGAAUGCAAACAAAAACGACAAACCACUCAAAAGAGAAUAUCGAAGCAAAGGGUGAACGAAAAAUUCGAAUCGAGAAUCAACUAAGCGAAAUGCUUGAGUGUGACAGUGAAGAUGCCGCUCGUAUUUAUUACAAUCAGAUCAAUCAUUUCGAUCAGAUAGACAGCGCUAAGCGAAACAUUGAGUUCUUGCGAUCGCAAGGCGUUUCAUUGGAAACUAUUACGAGCAAUUCGGCUGUGCUGGCCAUGUCUUCAGAGCAACUACAGCAGAAGCUUCGCAUUCUCGAUCGAAUGGAUCCAAGGCAUAUUGACGACUUUUUACCCUUGAUUUGUGUCGAUAAAACGGAGCUGGACAAAUUCAAAGCGGUUCUAGAGGAGCAAGAGUUGUACGAAUCUAGCGAGAAUCCUAUUUAUUAUUUCAGUGAACGACUGAAGGUUCCACCAUCGGUCGUUGCAUCCCAUUUCGCUAAGAGUCCUAGUAUUUUCUUUCGAUCUCCAAAAAUGCUCAAUCAAAAGUUGGAUAUGCUCCUUGCGUGUGGAGUGGAACUCAAUAGCAUUUUAAAUUCGCCAUUGACAUUUCGAAUGAACUUGAAUAAAAUGGAAAAUCUUUUGAUGGAACUGAAGUCGAGAUCAACGGAACCAAUUUCAUCGUGGAUGCUCACAUGCCCAGAGGCACAAUUGAAUACAAUGAUUGAACGGCAAGAAAAACAAAGAGAGCUUCUCAAUGGCUGUGGCAAUGCCAUAGACUAUAUAGGUAAACGACUGAAUUGGGAUGAAAAGACCAAAAUUAGUGCAUUGAAAAGUUGUCCGGCGCUUGCAAAAUGCAACAUGACAAAGAUUCGACAACAAUUGGAUUUUCUACUAAACGAAACUCAUUUCACCGAAGACGACAUCAGCUCUUAUCCUCGUGUUUUUACAAAUAGUUUGAAAAAACUAAGGACAAGAAUGAACGAAUUGGCAACCGUCAAAUAUAAGGCAAAACGCUUGUAUAUCAUUUGUUUAGAACGAAAGAGAUAUUUAGAAAUCAUCGAAAAACAUUGCCAAUGUAUCGACGACGAAAACGUUUGGAUCAAUUUUCGUGAAAUUGAAAAACGAAUAAAGGAGAAAUGAGAACGCAUUCUUUUGAAAUGAAA